AUGGUAUCAAGUGGAAGAGAAGGUAAAAACACUGAAGCUUUCGGAAUAUCAAAACUCACCACUUCUGGAAGUCCACUAAACUUUGAUGUUCAUUCACCAUCAAAACAACUACAGCAACAAUUUAUAGAUUUAAAUCAACUAUUGGAGCAAUCAAGGAUUAUGGAAAACCUCGCCCUCCAUUAA